UUUUUUAUUCACCCUUCGACUCUCGCCUUUGCAACACACGGUUCAUUUGUUCGUUCCUCGGAAAAUAUAUAAAUAAAUAAAUAAAUUUCUGAACUUCAAAGUUUCCGACGGGGAGAGGACAGAGUUCUAUAUUUUUCUAAAAGCCUUGUGUGUCUUUUUGAUUUCAGCUUUUUCGUCAUCACCAAAAACAACGUUUUGUCGUCAUUUUGAUUUGAACGAAAUCGAACGUUCCAGAUUCUGGAAAUCUCCCGAUUUAGUUAAUUGCCGUGACGUUGGUGGUGGUGGUGUGUCAAUUUUGGAAGAUAAGUGAACCUGGAUUAUCAGCGUCACAGAGGAUUUGGAAGGAUUGGAUCAAUUUUGAGCAGGAAAUAUACAAUCGGAAACGUUUAAUUUGUAAGAAAAGAAGAGAACUUGAUUAAAUAAUCGGAUUAUUAAGAGAAGAGAAGAUUGAUAAGUAGAAGGAAAAGAGAUCACCAUAUUCUAUUUCUGGAUUUGAGUUGAGUUGAUUAUCAUCAUUUGCCCGGAUAUUUCCCGACCCUGGCGCAGAACUGGAUCGUCCGACGCCUGUUGCUGACUUCUGCUCACAAAAUCUCGUCAUCUUCGCAUUUCGGGGAGAAGAUUACCAGUUCUGAUUUUGGUGUCGUGCUCGUAACUCUUGAUAAAAGAAGGGGUCGUGAAAAUUAUUCAAGUUUUGUCAACCCACCGAAAAUUACUAAAAGUAAGAUGGACCUCUCAUCCCUGCAAGGAUUUCUGUCAUCGUCAAAGUCCAGUGUGGACAGGGCUGCCAGGGAUAAUCUUGGCGAUACGCACGUGAUCCUGGGUAACGAUGCGGCAGACUUGGAUUCCGUCGUGUCCGCGAUUGUGACCGCGUACUACACGGCGCAAAGUUUGGCGAAGGAAGAGAAGGAAAAUGUGGACCAUGACCAGGAGUCCUUCGUCUUUCCCGUCGUCAACUGCACCAGAGAAGAUCUCCCCCUCCGCACAGAGGUCACGUUCUUCCUCAAAGGGAACGGCAUCCGGGUCGAGUCGCUCAUUUGCCGCGACGAAAUCGAUCUUCUUGGUCUUCACUCAAGCGGAAAGUUAAAAUUGACCUUGGUGGACCACAACGUAUUAACAUCGGCGGACGCCCCCCUGACCUCCAGCGUCGUUCGGGUCAUCGAUCAUCACAAAAGAGAAAAGCCUCUCGAUCGGAGAGACACGAUUGAACCCGUCGGAUCCUGCGCCACCUUGGUCACAGAAAUUGUCCUCGGUUUAUUCGAUAGGGAUCAAGUGGUGUGUAAUUUGUUGUAUGGAACCAUCCUACUCGAUACGGUGAACCUAUCUCCAGCAGCGCAACGAACGACGCCAAAAGAUUUAAAGGCAAUUUCAGAACUUGAAGAUUGUUUAGCAAAAUUGGUUUCGAAACGUCCCGUUCAUGACGACGUUUACACCGCGAUCGUCAAAGCCCGCUCGGACAUUUCACAUCUCACGACCGACCAAUUGUUGCGGAAGGAUUGCAAAAUUUUAAAAACGCCCGAAAUCACCGUGGCCGUUCCAGCAGUACCACUACUUUCUCAGAAAUUCCUCGAGCUACCGGGUGCCCUGGAUGCGUUAAAGAACUGUCAGAGGACGAAUCGUUGCACCGCUGUGGUCGUGAUGGGGUGGGAAGUUCGAGACUUGGCGAACAUUCGACGUGAUCUGAUCAUCUUUUCGGAUGGGAUUCAUAAGGCGAAACAGGUUUGCACUCCGCUUGAGAAUUGCGACAACCUCCACCUCCAGCUCAUCCGACACUCGACAGACUCGCAAAGCUGCUACUGGCUCUAUGAUCAAAAGAAUAUCGGGCUCUCGAGAAAAUUCAUCCUUCCUUUUUUAGCGACACAUUUCGAAGUCAAAGCCCAAAACCAGCUCGAUGUGGAUGCUUUGACUGGUGUUGAUAUUCUCAUCCCGAACGGAGAAGCGAGUCCGAACAAGUAUCAAAUGCAGCAGCAAAACGUCCCCUCGAUUUCGUACACGUCCGCACAAAAUCUCGGCGUGGGAGAUCCUAUCAGUCAUGGUGGCAGUAACCAAUCCUCCGCCUACAAUUCCUGCCCAUACACACCGCAGAACUCUUGCGCCGAGCCGGAAGACGGCUACCCGGCCGAACAUUAUUUUCUCCCUUCCUUCAACUCACGCGAAAUGAUUGAAAAAAUCGAAUUCAAGCGACACAAGUUGCGCGGCUAUGACAAAACGGAAGACCAAUUGAACCCCGGGGCUUGUUCGUCGUACCCCUUCACGCCCAAAAACUCGUACGUGGAUUCCUCCAUGGAAGGAUUUUUCGACGCCAAGUUCGCCCAACAGCAGCAAGCCGCCCACAUCAUGGCGGGCGGUGGAGGUGGCGGCAUCUUGAACGCGAUCGAUUCUGAAGUUCUGCUCAGAAAAUUGAUGGAAAAACAGAGACGGGGCGAUUCUGGGUCGAAUUCGUCCAACACGAGCAGCAAGUCGCAGUCUUUAACGAAAUUGAACGUUACAGAAGAUUUUCUUCCCGGUGGGGACACGUUGGCGAGUCAACUUUCACCGAGCGCGUGUCAAAUCCAGCAUAAAGAGCAGAACGAGGAUAAUUAAUGAGAUAGAUUCAAAUUAUGAGGGAAAUUCACGUUUAAGGAGUUGUAAACUGUGUUAAAAAAUUGGGUAUUUUUUUCUAAGGAGAGAUUCGUUUUUAAAAAUUUGGUCGUAAUUCUUUCCAAACUAUGACAAAUUUUUAAAUACAUUUCCCAGAAAGGCUUCCGAUUUGAUUAGAAUUUAUAAGUUUUGUUCCACUUUGCAGCUUUGUAAACUCUAUAAAUUUACCAAUUUUGCGAUAUAAUUUUCCCCACAUUCCAUAUUUCUGAAUUUUUUCCCCAAGUUUUCAACAUGACAAAAUUUAUUAAUUUUUUCACAGUUUACAGUCUUCUUGGCGUGAAUUACCACCUUGUUUUUACGAUGAUCUAUGUCUCUACUAAAUUUCAAACUGUAUGGAAAACAAACUUGAACAAAAAAUCACACUAUCAAAAAAGCCAGAAAUGAUGCUCAUCUCUUUUAAAAAGUGUAUUUAUUAAAGUAAAAAAAAAGCUCGCGUGAUUUCAAAGCUUGAUUAUUAAUCAUGACACAAUUUAUUCGAGAUUUAAUUAAAAAGUAACAAAUGUUUAUGGGUGAGAAAGAAGAAGAAAUGUACAAUUUUUGUGAGAAAAAGGUUAAAUUUUGGUAGAAAAAUGUACAAUUUUGGAUGAAAUUUUAUUCAAAAAAGGGUACAAUUUUGUAGGUGUAAUUUUGUUAGAAAAGGGGCAAUUUUCAAUUUUGGUUCAAAAAAAGGUAAAAUUUUUACCUUAGAUUUUUAGAAUUAGAGAAAAGAAAAUGUAUACCAAAAUUGUAUCCAAUGAUUCAAUUGUACCUUUCAAAAUUACAAAAAUUUCCGAAUCUAGAACAACAAUUGGUUAAAAAAAUCAAAAAAUUAACAUCGCGACCAAACAAGAUCUUCCAAAAGUACAGCUACAUAAAUAUUCAUGUAAUAAUCUCAAAUCAUAGCAAUUUAACAAUUUUUAAUUAUAUUCACUUACAAAAAAUAUUAGAAAUUUCAAAAUAUUCAUGAAAAACAAAAAAUGUAAAAAAUAUGAUGGAAUGUGUCUUGAUCUUGUUUUUUUUUACUAAUUAACUGUCCAUUUAAUUUAAUUUCCCGAUUAACCAAUUCAUUCAUCAUUACUAAAUUAAGGUGCGUUUAUCGUUACCGACUUGUGCCCAUGUUAUAGUUUUAACUUAUGGCGCAAGUUACAAGAAUAAUCACACCCUGUUUUUUACUCUUUACUUUGUGUAAUUCACAAAAUUUUGUUUUCAGUUUUUUUGUUUUCUUUGUUAUCCUGCGGGAAUUGAUAACCUAAAAUUGUUAUCAUUAUUAUUAUUAUUAUUUACUUACACCUGUCCUCCUUUAGUAUUAUUAAUUAAUUGUUAAUUAACUAACUACCCGUACAUUUACCGCAUUUACAUAAAUAUUUGUCCUGCAUUUAGCAAUUUUGCUUUAAUAUAUUAUUUAAUUUUUUUCGGAUGACUGAUACGAAACUAUAUUUAUAAAGGUUAGAAAAUUACACGAGCAGCAAGCAUAUUUAGAUUAAAAUAGUCAUAAAUAUGUAAAAAUAGUCACAUGUAUUGUAUUUCUGGCAUGAAAUGGAAAACAAAUCUACUUUCUCAAAUAUUUCAAAAAAAUGUAUGUACCGAAAAAUUUCUCAAAAGAUUGAAACAGGACCUGAAGAUUUGCAAAAGUAAUAAUUACGAAAAGCGAGAAAUUUUAAAAUUUUUAAGAUUUUUGAAACUCAGAGAAAAAUACUAUACUUUUUUAGAAAAUUGUUGCAACAAGCUUGAUUUUGAUUACGGUUCACUCCUAUAUUUGUAACUUUACUGUCACAUUACAAAAAGCAAGCGUCUCUAAAUUAAUUACCACAAAAUUUACAAAUAUUUGAGUAAAUAAUUUCAUGCAUAAGUCUCACUCGUAAUUAUGUAAUUACAUUAAAAAUAGUGUGCUGAGAAAGUAGUGCAUUCUAGUUUGAUGAAAAUAAACAGUGUAUUUUGCUUCAGAACAGAAGAUGAC